AGACACAGGAACACCAAAUUGUAACACUAAAACAAAUAACAAAAUUGAUCAAAUAUUUCAUUUAUUGGCAGAAAUAAAGUUGGAUAUCAUUGAAAUAAAGGAAAAGAUGGAAAGUGCCUUUCCUCAGAGAGAACAGGAAAUUAAAACUUUCUUAAAAUUUCCAUUAAAACAUUUGACUGAAUUGGAAAGUUUCGAACAACAGUUAAAAACGGAAAAAUCCAUUUUAAAGUCAUAUCAAAAAUUUAUUAAAUCAAUUGGAGGGAAUACUUACAAAGAUUUUGUCAGCAGGUUGUGUAAAAAUGUAUUUACAAAUUCAUUAGCAGAAUGCUGCUCAUGGUUGGGGAGAAAAAAUAAUUAUGCAAUAAGUAGUUUGGAAAUUACCAAUCAGGCAUUUGAAAUAAUUCACCAGCAAACGAAAUGCACCAGAAAGGAAUAUGAAACUGCUUUUGCCGAAUGGCUAAGGCAUGCUAAACAGCGAAGAGUUAGGGAGGAAAAGAACUAG